AUGUCAAACGCAGAUGAAAGACAGAUGUUGGCGUGUCUACUGCAGGCCUUGCUGGAUUCGCUCCCCGUUCCAUUACCCGACGGUGGUGUGGCGUCAUGUCCCGGGCCUUCAUGUGACGGGUCAGCUUCGAUCUCGGGUUCUCGCUUCGCUGGAGAAACUGUCUUGCACGUGGCUCUGGACAGCCGGAAUAUUGCCAAGUGUGGCUUCAGUCUGGAUCUUCCGCGCCUCCCCGACCACCAGCAGCUGGCUGGAGCCUUCGAGUUCUUCGUGUCGCAUCAGCCUCUGGAAACUGUCUGGCUCUUUCUUUACCGUGAUCUUGCCGAGAAGUGGAGGGCAUGUCAAACUCUUGCGAAAUACAGUCAGCAGUGGGUGGUCACCCCGACCGGGGAAGAUGUGGAUCUGUUCUUGAUCAAUUUCGUAGAGAAGAGAGAGCGAGAGGGCCAUGCGGCCGUCAUCGUCUCGAAUGACUUGUUUCGAAAUCAUGUGAGGUCUUCUCGCAUCACGGACACCUGGGUGCGCCAGCAUAUCCUCAAGUUUACCUUCACCCAGUCGGGCGACUUCCUGUGUCCGUUGUACACGCCUGCAGCAAGUAGGGAACCAAUGCUGCCUAGUACACAGACAAGCGCUUCUUCAUGCCACGCCGUGCGACCAAGCUCUGGGUGCAUGUCGGGCAACCGACGGGGUCGGGGGCAAAAUGCAUUUGUUGCAGCUCUUUGGACGCCAACUGUGGACACUGCCACAACCUCUCAGCUCAUUCGGGAUGCUUUGGUCCUUGGCCACUCCUUGAAGAAGUUCGGCGGCGACAGCGACUGCGUGCUUCUCGUCACAGACCAGAUUUCGAGCCACGAUGCGGCGAACUGCUUGGCAAGAUUCUGGAAGCUUCGGGAGAUUCAGCCGGUGGAGGUUGCAUCCCAGCUUAUCAGCGGGUGCAGACCCAGAUUUGCAGGAGUCUUCAACAAGCUUCGUGUCCUGGAGCUGGAGGAGUACCGGAAGGUGAUUCUUCUUGACCUCGACCUUUUGAUCCGCUCAAACUGCGAAGAGCUUUUCUCUUUCCAGGCACCAGCUGCUUUGUUUCGCGGCAACAACACCUGGACCUUGGGCGCCCCAAGAAGAGCGGAGUCCUUCUUUGAUCACAAUUCGGGCUUGCAGAAGGGUGGCAUCAAUGCCGGAGUUGUGAUCUUAGAGCCGAGCAAGGCAACAUUCCGCAAGAUGCAGGAGCUUCGGAGAAACUUCGAGAACCAGGCCGCGGCUCAGAAAGCCCAAGCACCAUGCCGGAGCAGGCCCUUGCCUGUGAAGUAUAAUUAUCAGCUCCACCAGCUCGCCUUCUUACCAAGAGAUGGCGGAGAUAACCCACGUGGACGAUUAGAUCCGAAUGAUGUGAUCAUUUGGCAUUUCUCAGCUGAACACAAGCCCAGCCAUUUCAUCGAUGGCAGCAACACAAGCUGGUUGGAGGAGUAUCCCGCGAUGGUGCUGCCCGUGGGUUGUGAGGGGUUUCAUGAAAUCGUCAAGAAGGAGGUUGUGCAGAUGCUCCGCACGAGCUCGCUGUCUGCUGUAUCGCCGGACUGUAAGGCUGGGGUGUCCUCGCCGAUGGUUGCACAUCUGCGCAGCCGGGUGUGUCAGCAACUCGAGAAGACGCAGCGCACAAUUUGGUUGGCAGAACAACUUGAUGAGUUGGAUGCCAUCCGCAAGAUUCGCGCUGACCGCUACCGCUACAGCCAGCACAAGGCGGUGGUGAACAUUCCCACGCCAUUGAAGACAAGCUCGGUGGGUUCAAGCGAAGCAACUGCUGUCCGAACGUCUCCCUCAGCUACACAAGCUCACGCAAGCCCGGCACAGCCGACGGAUGCCGCAGAGAAGGACGAUGUGUUUCAUCGACUUCAAUUCUGGCCCACCGAAGCCCUGCAGGCUUGUCUGGAGGAGCAUAGCUUGGCAUGCCCAGACGGCCCCGUGGAUCGUACCGUGCUCUGUGAGCUUGUCGGGAGCUUGAUCCAAAAAGGAGACGUGAAGCAUGGAGGCACGACGACGACGAUGCACGGGACAGGGACGGAGAGGCCUGGACAAUGGUGGAUGAUUCAGCCGGGGAGGUGCUUCGCUGUAUCGCUGAACAUUCAGUGUUCGGGCAAGUCCACCGGGGUGCCACGGCUGCUGCUUGAAAGUGCAGACCGCACGCAGCCUCGGAGGGUCGCCACCGCGAGCCUGGCGAAGCUGCUAGCCGACUACACGGGCUCCGAGGUCGGUGAGCUCGUGGGCUUUCAGGUCGGAGGGCACCGGGAAUGGAGCGAGCAGACGCAGCUGGUGUAUGUGACGACGGCCAUUGCGAUGCUGAUGUGCCUGCAAGGAAGCAUUCCAGCGACACAUAUCAUAGUAGAUGAGGUGCAUGUCCGAGAUGUGCACAUCGACGCUCUGCUGAAUAUCUUGAAGUGCGAUGUGUUGCCUCAAGACGCCACCAAGAAGGUCAUACUGAUGUCGGCAGCGACUGAUGUGCCAUUUCUCCAGCAUUAUUUCCAGAACUUCUCGCUUGGCUUCAUCGAUUUGGAAAGAAGGCGAAAGCAUGGACUGACGCUUUCCUAUGCAGAUGGAUCCUUCCUGCGCAGUCUGACCGCGGACAUGUGUCCGGAGAAAAUGGCUGAAGCACUCGAACUGGUCGUUCAGCAGCAUCACGUGCUACGAGACCUCCAGCAAUCUUUCUUGGUUUUCCUUCCUGGCCGCCAAGAGGUGCACGCAUUGGCAGAUCGGCUCACGGCCGUGACAAACAUGCAGGUCCAACGGCUCUUUGGCGGCCAGGCACUGCACUUGCAGCAACGAGCUCUUCGUUUUCGGGCAAAUGGAUCCAAGCGCUUGGUUAUCCUUGCGACGGAUGUUGUAGAGUCGUCAGUAACAAUUCCAACGGUGGACUUAGUCAUCGACACCUGCCUUCACAGACGGCGGCGCUGGCAUCCUUUGCUGAAAGAGAGCCCGCUGACCCUCGAAUUCAUCAGCCAGGAUGAGGCUUUGCAACGAAGUGGCCGCACGGCGAGGCUUCGUGAUGGCCAUGCAUUCCGAUGCAUUACGGAGAUGGAAUUCGGACGGCUUCAGCGGCAUGCAGAGCCUGAGAUACGUCAUCAUCCGCUAGACAGCUUGGUUCUGGCGGUCUACGGCUUUCGUGGCCUGUCCAGAGCUCCGGAGGCCCGCCAGUCGCUAGGUUUGGUCUCCACAGUUGAACCGGUCAGCUUUGCGGAGGAUUUUCUGGCCGCCAUGCCCAGCCCUCCUGAUCUCGGCAGAGUUAAGUCCUCCAUCUCUCGCCUGGAAGAGUUGGGCGCGCUGGGAUCAGAUGGAAGGCUGACUGCCGUCGGGCGGCUUCUCGACCAGCUGCCCCUGGAUGCAGGCUGCAGCAUGCUGGUCAUCAAUGGUCUGCGGUAUGACGUGGUUGCGGACUGCUGUGUUAUGGCAGCCAUUCUACAGCAGGGCAGCCCGUUCGAGGCUUCAGCGUGUGCGCUUCGGAUCGACAUGGAGCAGCGAAAGACUUUUUUAUCGCCUUUGUCCAGGCUCCUGUUCUAG